AAAAUAUUACUAGUAUUAAGCAUUUUCCUUUUCACAUGGACUAGCUAGGGGUUGGGAAGGUCAACAUAAAAAAGAUUUCAACGGGCGCUGCAUAUAAAAUACAUAUCCUUUUACGGCGAUGACAUUUUAUGAGUGAUUUCCUCCCUCGGAACUUGCUCCAACUACUUUCCAUCCAGCUACCAAAACGUUAACCCAGACAUGAAAUUUACAGCUUCCUUUUUGGGAUGUUUCAAUCCCUCCACGGCUAAGAUUGACGAAGCAACUGAUCAAGAAGAAGAAGUAGUAGUAGCAGAUUGUGUGGCGAACGUUCCAAACCCGAAUUUUCGUGUUUUCUCCUACGAUGAACUCAGAGUCGCCACUCAAGGCUUCAAGAACAAGAUUGGAGAGGGAGGAUUUGGUUCAGUUUACAAGGGGCGGCUGAUUGGCGACAGAUUUAUAGCUGUGAAAGUUUUAUCUGUGGAAGUGGAAUCGAUGCGCGGUGAGAGGGAGUUCAUAUCUGAGAUAGCAGCAUUAUCCGACAUCAAGCACGACAAUCUGGUGACUCUGAAAGGUUGCUGCGUGGAUGGAGCACAGAGACUUCUGGUGUAUGAUUACAUGGAAAACAACAGCCUCGCUCACACAUUUCUUGGGACGGAGCAGAAGAGGGCGAGUUUCAGUUGGGCGUUGCGAAAGGGGACGGCGUUAGGGGUGGCGAGGGGGCUUUGCUACCUCCACGAACAAGUGAAUCCUCACAUCAUCCACCGCGACAUCAAGGCCGCCAACAUACUCGUGGAUGCCAACUUCACGCCCAAGCUCGCCGACUUCGGCCUCGCCAAACUCUUGACGGACAAUGUGUCCAACAUCAGCACCCGCGUUGCUGGAACACUAGGCUAUCUGUCUCCGGAAUACGCCUACAGCGGCCACCUGAGCCGCAAGUCGGAUGUGUAUAGCUUCGGAGUGCUGCUGCUGGAGAUCGUGAGCGGCCGGCCAGUGGUGGAGCACAACUUGCAGCAGGGCGAGCAGUUCCUGGUGGAGAAGGCAUGGCAAGUGUACAAUGGGAAAGGGCUUUUGACUUUGGUGGAUUCGGAAUUGAAGGGAGAGUUCUCGGAAGAAGAAGCCCUUCGAUUCCUCAGAGUGGGGCUGCUAUGCGUGCAGGAGAUCGCGAGGCUCCGGCCUGCGAUGUCUGUGGUGUUGAAGAUGUUGAGCGGUGAGAUGAGACAGGAAGAUGUUGAGAUAUCCCAUCCUGGCCUUGUUUCUGAUUUGAUGGAAGUCAAGAUACGGACGCGCCUUUCAUCCAACUUCACUUCUUCCCCGGCUUCCUGCAGCAGCACCGCUAGUUUCCAAACCCGAUGAGAUUGAUUACCCCAAUUUUGGAUUGCAAAUAGGACUACAUUUUUUGCUUACUUCGGUGGAUUCCUGCCUUGUACAAAAAGAGGAUCAAGUAUGAAUGUUUUCUUCAAUUAAUAGCUGUGGAAUGACAUGAUAAUUAUCUUGUCUUGUAUUA